AUGAAGUUUCUUGUCAUAUUUUCGAUGGCACUGGUCGCUGCUGUUUGUGCUAAGCCAGGGGCGUAUCCCGGGGCUUGGCCGAAUGCUCGAGGUUUAAAUGGUUAUCCCUGGAAUGGAAGACCGAAUUCUCCAAACAGUCCCUUUGGAAGAUCCGGAUGGAACAACGUUGGUCCGAAUCCAGUGGGUUUGGGAUUGGGAUGUGGACCUCAUCCUUACGGACCAAAUGGCGUCCAUCCUUCAUCAUAUCCUGGCCAUCUUGGGUGGACCCCAAGCGGAAUUUCUCGUGGUCCACUUCCAUACGGAUUCAAUGGACCUUUCAAUGGACCAUUCAAUGGAGCAUACAACGCACCGUACGGGGGCGAUUAUAAUGGGCGACCUUUUGGGGCUUACAACGGACCAUUCAAUGGUCACAACGCUCUGGCAAAUCCUUGGGGAUUGAAUGUUGGAAACUUUGGCUUUAGUCAUCAGUCGUCAGUUAAGCAUGUUGCUGCCACUCCCGGAUCUCUGCAUAUUGUGACAUAA